AUGGUGGGUGACCCGGCCUAUAGAGCGCCCGUCCAGUGGUUCAACAUCCAUGGGAAUGGAGAGGGGAUGAGUGGGGAUGCCCAGCUCGACGCCAGGCCUUGUCAAAUCCUCAAUCGGAUUGGGCACACGGUGCGCGUGGGGGCCCUGCAACUGCAGCCGCGGCUCUUCAGCCACGUUUCCACCUUCAGAGGCGGUAAAGAAGCCCCUGUCCCGGUUGAUGAAUGGGAUAUACACGGCGGCACGAGGGAAGCAGUGGAGAGACAGUUGGAAAAUAUUACCAAAAGUGUCAAUGAACACGAUUUACGCAGCCUAGGGACUAGGGCGUCGAUAAACAGCCAACACAAGGACAGGGGGUGUAAAAGUAAGAACAUGUACAAACAGAACGAGAGUGAGAGAAGUGUGUUCAUGCCGAGGGACUCGAUCCUAUUAGCCACGGAGACGUUGAAUCGCAUGGCCGGUCUGUUACCAUAUAACCUCUCAUUGGAGGUAGUGAUGGCUGUGGACGCGGGGCUCGGGGAAUUACCCACGUUCUCCUCCUCUACCCCGGUCUGUGAAGACCCCAUGUCGUUUCUGCAGAGUGUUUGUCAUACUGUUAUAGUCCAAGGAGUUUCUGCUAUGAUGGCUUUCCCUCAGACCAGGGACGACCUGGUGAAGUUGGAAUUCAUCGCGUCAACGCUUCAGAUUCCUGUCAUCAGUGUUGUCCAGAACGUAUUCAAACGGCAGAGUAAGAACCCUUUCCAUUUCCAGAUGCCGAUGCAGAACCCGGCCCUGCCCCAGGUGGAGCUGCUCUACUCCCUGCUGGUGAUCAACAGCUGGUAUGACGUCAGCCUCCUGCUCUGUCAGGAGUGGAACAUUUCUAGCUUCCUUGUUCGUCUCCGUAACAACACCAAGUUCCACCUGGGUUCUGUGGUCAACAUCACCACCUACACUACCUCCUCUGGAUCUCACCGCAACAGCUCUGUCUCCAAGGCUGACUUCCAGACCUCUCUACGGGGAUACCUGGAGUCCAUCAAGGAGUCAACGUCUACAGUCGUAACAUUCGGCUGCGACAUCCGGGACAUGAAGAGGAUCUUUAACGUGGUGACCAAGCUGGGCCUGAUGCUGCCAGAGUACCACUGGGUGUUGGGGGACACGCAGGACGUGGAGGAGCUGAGGACCGAGGGGUUGCCGGCAGGACUGCUGGCCCAUGGCAGGAUGGGGACUCCCUCCCUGGAUCACUACGUACAGGAUGGGCUGGAGCUGGUGGCCCGGGUGGUGGGGUCAGCUGCGUACCGCUCCCCUGAGCUCGCCCUCAUCCCCUCCAUCACCAACUGCAUGGAUACACAGAGUAGCCAGAACAGGAACAUGACCUCAGGGAAAUAUCUGUCCAGGUUUCUGUCCAACACGUCGUUUGAAGGUCUGACUGGUUUCAUCUCGUCCCAGGAGGAGACAGUGAUCUCCUCUGAGAGCCAUCACUUUAUUUGGUCCCUGCAACAAGACCCCAUAGGGAAGCCCAUGUGGACCAGACUGGGCCGAUGGAAGCAUGACAGGGUGCUACUGGACUACACUGCCUGGACCAACAAACAGGCAUCCUAUCAGGGCGGGGACUGGAGGUACCUGUCGCGGCUCCAUCUGCGGGUGGUCACCCUGGUGGAGCACCCCUUCGUCUUCACCCGGGAGGUGGAUGAGGACGGUCUCUGUCCCGCUGGUCAGCUCUGCCUGAACCCCCUCACCAACAACACAGCCCUGCUCCAGUCUCUCUUCCUCCAGAUGCGGGGGCCUAACGACAGCAUUCCCAUGGAGUAUAAGAAGUGUUGCUACGGCUACUGCGUCGAUCUACUGGAGAAACUGGCGGAGGACAUGGGGUUUGACUUCGACCUGUAUAUUGUAGGCGACGGCAAGUACGGUGGGUUUAAGAGCGGACGCUGGACAGGGCUGGUGGGGGAUCUCCUCAGCGGAGCGGCCCACCUGGCCGUCACAUCUUUCAGUAUCAACUCGGCCCGGAGCAGGGUUAUAGACUUCACCUCCCCGUUCUUCUCCACCUCUCUGGGCAUCCUGGUACGGACCCGGGAUACGGCCGCGCCCAUCGGGGCAUUCAUGUGGCCCCUGCACUGGUCCAUGUGGCUGGGGAUAUUCGUCUCGCUACACGUUACUGCCGUGUUCCUGACCAUCUACGAGUGGAACAGCCCGUUUGGGAUGACGCCGCGAGGCAGGAACAGAGAUAAGGUGUUCUCCUUCUCCUCGGCUCUGAACGUCUGCUAUGCCAUCCUGUUUGGUCGUACAGCUGCCAUUAAACCUCCUAAGUGCUGGACGGGGCGGUUCCUCAUGAAUCUCUGGGCUAUCUUCUGCCUGUUCUGUCUGUCCACCUACACAGCCAAUCUGGCCGCCGUCAUGGUGGGGGAGAAAACAUUCCAGCAACUCUCAGGAAUACACGAUCCAAAGCUUCAUCACCCAUCACAAGGGUUCCGCUUCGCCACGGUUCGGGAGAGCAGUGCCGAGGAUUACCUGAAGAAAAGCUUUCCAGAGAUGCACGAAUACAUGAGACGGUACAACGUACCAGCAACCCCAGAUGGAAUAGAACAUCUGAAGCAUGAUCCACAGCAACUGGAUGCUUUCAUCAUGGACAAGGCCUUACUAGACCACGAGGUGUCUAUAGAUGCAGAAUGCAAGACACUCACCGUGGGGAAACCAUUUGCAAUUGAAGGUUACGGCAUCGGCCUGCUGUGUUUUCUGUCUGUUCCCAGGUUACGGCAUCGGCCUGCUGUGUUUUCUAAGUCAUUCUGUCUGUUCCCAGGUUACGGCAUCGGCCUGCGCCAGAACUCCCACCUGACCUCUAAUAUCUCAGAGCUGGUGAGCCAGUACAAGUCUGACGGCUUCAUAGACAUGCUACAUGAUAAGUGGUACAAGGUGGUACCCUGUGGGAAACGGAGCUUCGCAGUCACAGAGACCCUACAGAUGGGCAUUAAGCAUUUCUCAGGCCUGUUUUUGAUGCUGUGUGUCGGGUUGGGUCUGUCUCUCCUCACCACCCUGGCUGAACACAUAAUCUACCGCUUUGUCAUACCCAGAGUCAAGGAGCCCAAGUUCAAGUACUGGCUGCAUACUAGUCAGGUGAAGAGCCUGGUCCCCCGGCAGGCAACAUCUAACGGGAGGACAGACCAGGUGGGUCUGCAGGCCAAGACCAACCACAUGCUGCAGGAGCUGUCAGAGCUGGAGACACACAUCACCAUCAUCAAACAACAGCUGCACAUCGCCAUGAUGAAGAAGAGGGAGCUGGAGCAACCAGGAGAAACACAUGACAGAACACACAGGAACACUGAGUCCGAGAGCAGCACAGAGGACCAGCAGGAGGACAACCAGCAGGAGACCCAGAGACCAGCCAGACUCACCCAGGCCCAGAGCCCUCUACCCAGACCCAGAAACCCAAACCGAGAGCCCUAUAUUCAGAUACCUCUACUCAGACCCAGAGCCCUCUACCCAAACCCAGAGCCCUAUAUCCAGACCCAGAGCCCUCUACCUAGACAAUCAGACCCAUAG